GUCGGCAAACGCAACACCCAGCCUUGGCCCCCAACAAAGCGGUCGACAACGCAACAUCCAACCCCAAUCUCCAACAAAGCGGUCGACAAACACAUGAUCAAACCCACCGGGGGUUCACCAUGUCCGGCAUUGAGGCCAUUGGCAUCGCUCUCGGAUCAGUGUCCGUGCUCAUCUCCUUGCUUCAAAGCUAUGGCAAAGGAGCUUCGGUGUUCAGAGUGUGGCGGAAUUACCGCCCGGCGAUAUGGGAGCUCACCUUGGGCCUACAAGUCGAGGAGUCCAAGCUUCGCAAUGUAUGCCAUACGCUGCUGGUUGGGCGCGUUCCGCAUUCCGAUCUCGCGGACAUGAUGCGUGAUCCAGGCGGAGAUCUUUGGAAGCAGGAAUCUCUCAGACAAAACAUGCGGGCCUUACUCGGGACGUCCGAGUUAGACAACUUGAAGGUCUUCGAGUACAUCCUCGAGCUCAACUCGAAUGCGAUUGCCGAGAUCCGGUCGGCAAUAGACGCCCAAAAUAACGGCGAGGCCUCAAAACUCACCCGUGCCAGAUUCACCCUGAACAACGCGCGCUUGCUGGAGCUUCUCUCUGUCGUCCGAGCCGCCGUAGCCGACCUAGACACUCUCGCAAGGCAGAGCAAAGAACGCGAGCCGGAGCACAGGGCGCGCUCUCAAACAAUACUCUUCUCAGAGUUGCGGGACAUAUCGAGCAGCUUCUAUCGCGCCCUGCGGGGAAAUUUCCGCUGUUCUUGCUCACACAAGAUCGGGUUGGAGUUGCAGAGCCACUCGGCCGACAUCAUCCCUACGGACGACAGCGACAAGAUCAUGAAGGAUCUUUCGUUCCAGGUAGCCAUCUCGUCUAGAUCGACAAGACACGGCGACCAGGCGAACCCCACGGCGGUGCUAAACUGGCAAGGCAUUAUCGUCAAAGCAUGGACACCUCCCACAACCCCGACCAAGGGACCCACUGUGGCCCCGGUAAAGACCGACACGAAGAAGGGCAUCUUUCCUCUCCGCCUUUCCCGAUCCACAACCCCAACAACGUCCACCGCUGUGGGCACCAAUAUCACCUCCACGAAUCUGCUCCCCGCCGACCCGCCCCCGGACACUGCCAGAAGCGCCGCCUACUCCAACUGCCACGGUAAGUUGGACCUGUGCAAGAAACUUUCCGAGACCCAGAAACAAGCAACAUCCGACAUCUACGGAAUCCUCGUCGAUUACCACCCGCAACCCUCCAGGACUAUGAGAUACUCCAUCAGCCCCGCCCCGUGCAUCGAGGAGUCACGGGCCUGGUCCGUCGUCUCCCUCCGCGACAUUCUCGAACAAACGAACCGCGUCCCGCCGCUAUACCUCCGCGACCGCGUCCGCCUAGCCGUCACUAUCUCCUCGAGCGUCCUCCAACUACACGGCACGCCUUGGCUCCCGCACAUCCUGACCAGCCGCCACAUCUUCUUCCUUCAAACGAACGACGCUCUAACAGGAACCACGUAUUGCCGCCCCGUGCUGCUCCGACACUUCCCCGGCGGCGAAGCACAACCACCUGAAGCGGGACCGACGAUUGACGGGGGGUACAGGUACAACCCGACGCUGCUGUCGCUAGGGUGCCUGCUGAUCGAGGUGCUCCUGGGACAGCCGCUCCACUCGCCCCAGGCUAGUACUGCUUCGCGACCGGACACCGGCGUAAAUCUGCUGUCGGACCGUGAUGCGGCGGAGGGCCUGCUGCCCGAGGUGAAGCGGAUGAGCGAGAGCUGUUAUACGGCGGUGGUGAACUGUAUUGAUAUUGAGGGAGAACUGCAUCGGAGUUGGUGCGGGUUGGAAGAUUGGGACCUGUGCCACGAGGUGUACUCGCGGGUUGUUGUGUUGUUAGAGGAGGAAGCAAAGAGGUGAGUGAGUUAGUGUGGGAAGGGGGUCGAUUUCCUGGAAAAGCAUGAGUUGAAGGCUGUGUCUUGGUG